AUGGAGCUGGAGCAGUCUAGAGACUUGGAGUCGAGUUCGGGGCAUCGAGACUCGAUGACGUUGUUGUGUGAGGCUUCCAGACUCAAGAUUCCAUUCAAUCCGUCAGCUGGUGAAGUGCAUAGUCGAGAACGAGGAUCCCCAUGGCGAGUCAAAGCAGAGGAGGAGAUUGCUGCAUUGAAUGUACAGGCGAAAGAGGAUCAGCAAGAGAAGCGUCGAUGGGGGCUCGCUAAACAGGUUCAGGACGGCCUUAUGCACAACUUCAACAUUAACUACGGCGUUGCGGAGCUCGCGACGGUGAUCAAAGGAGGAAUGACGCUGAAGAACGAUCCGCCAGCUCGAGAACUGACCCCACACGAGGUUAUUCAGGUUCAGUUCCUAGCUGCAGCGGAGAAGUACGACCUUAAGCAGAUUGUGUUGCUACUGGAUAAAUUCCCAAAGGGUCGAGCCGGUAAACGACAAUAAUGCAGACGAAAUGAACUCCUAUUAUUUCCUAU